GGGAUCCCCCUGGCGCACGCGCAGAAUCCGACUCGGUAACCAGCGGGGGAAGGGCCUCGCGCCUGCCGCCUCCUCCUCCUCCUCCCCUUUCCCCCUCCCCGCUGUCAGUCCCGGGGGGAGAAGAGGCAUCCCAGGAGAGAGACAAGUGAAGCCAUAUUACAAAGAAUUGUUGAGUACUUCAGCUUUUUCAGAAUAUCAGGUGAUGAACAGUAAAAGCUGAGAUGAAACCUCAUCGAAGCACUGGACUUUUUAGAAGUCUGCUUGCUAAUUGUUUCCAUUGCUAUCACCAUCGCUACUCUCCUCCUCUUGUUAAAAGGACAGGUCACAUGAUGGAACUAUCUAUCUUUAGGCACAAUUAUUUAUUGAAGAGAGUUAAACCUACUAUGCCAUUUAAUGAUUGGCCAAGGAGUUAUCAUCAAGAUUUUAGAGUAUUGUGGAAGCAUGAAGCUGUGGAAAAAUAUCUAGAGACCUUAAACAAAGAAUACCAGCGGAUUGGCCAGUUGUUAAAUGGUGGCUCAAUGAAUGAGCAUGAUCGAAGUACUCUGAGCAGAAGACAUGCUCAUUUAUCCACACUUGCAGCUACGUUUCAAGAAAUACAAGAGGCAGAAAGAGAAAUUCAAGAGAUAGAUUCCAUGUGUGCAAAGCUAGACAGCAGAGAUGAGAAGCAGCUGCUAGAACUUGCCUUAGAAGAAAAGGAAAUCAUUAACCAAAAAAUCAACACACAUUGCAAAAAGCUUUUCCAGAGUAUAGUGCCAAGGGAUAAACAUGAUGAAAGUGAUGUUAUUUUAGAGGUGACGGCGGGCAGAACCACUGGAGGUGACAUUUGCCAGCAGUUCACCAAAGAAAUGUUUGAGAUGUACCAGAAUUAUGCAUAUUACAAAUGUUGGACCUUUGAAAUUCUGAACUACACAACAGCUGAGAUUGGUGGAUUGCACCAUGCAGCUGCUCAUAUUUCAGGAGACUCUGUCUACAAGUAUUUGAAAUAUGAAGGAGGGACUCACAGAGUUCAGCGAAUUCCUGAGACUGGCCUUUCGUCAAGAAUGCAGCGUAUUCACACUGGGACAAUGUCAGUUGUUGUCCUACCUCAGCCAGAGGAGGUAGAUGUUAAAGUGCAUCCAAAGGAUUUGCGUAUAGAUACUUUUAGGGCCAAAGGUGCAGGAGGACAACAUGUAAAUACAACGGACAGUGCUGUGAGAAUUGUGCAUAUUCCCACUGGACUAACAGUAGAGUGUCAGCAGGAGCGAUCACAGCAAUUAAAUAAGGAAAUAGCUCUGCGGACGCUGAGAACUAAGUUGUAUCAGCAAAUCAUUGAGCGAGAUUUCAUCCAAACGCAGAAUGCUAGAAAACUGCAGAUAGGAACAAGAGCCCAGUCAGAGAGAAUCCGUACCUAUAACUUCACCCAGGACAGAGUCACUGACCACAGGCUCUCAUAUGACGUCCGCAAUAUCAAGGACUUUCUCUGUGGUGAAGGGGCAUUGGAUGAGCUAAUCAACAGAUUGUUGGAGACUGCAGAAAUGGAGGCUCUAAUUGAACAUUUAGAAAACUUUAAAUCUUUAGAAGGAGGUGGCUGAUAUGUGUCUUGUACAAAAUGCCACAUCAGUCCUUGUGAUCCUGUAGUGCAAUAAAAUAGUAUUUCUUAGAGGUC